CAACGUUUUGCCUCUUGACUUUGUACCUACUUUCAUGUGAUGACCCUGUAAUUAUCAAUCCUGCUUGUUGUGCAUCUAAAGUCGAGAUGCUACUGCCUCUUCAUUUAUCGAGUGCCCUCUUCUCCCUCCCCCCCGGUCCUCUACCCCGGAGCAUAGGUGGACCAUCAUAUCCCAUGAUGCACUCACAGGCGGGAAGAGGCAUAGGAUAUAAAACACGAUUACAUCCUGGUGUGGUUUGAUUCGAACAGUCUAGACCCAGUUUUAUACACUUCACCCUUCUCUUCCAUAGCCAUGACUCUGCUUCCCUGAAACUUCUCUUCCGACCGCUCUGCUGCUUUAUGUCAGGGCAUCCACGGUUUUCCAACUUCCCACUUUCCCACCUCUUCUAGGCCCUACAUAUCUUGUCAUACAUAGGGCGUGCCGACAACGCUUCAUCCCACCCAUAUAACAAGAUGGCUUGGUCAGGCUCAGGCUCAAGCUCAGGCUCGGGCUCAGGCGGUUCUGCCUCUGGCAACUCUACCUGGGGUGGCUCUGGCUCUGGAAAUGGUGGUGGAGGAGGCCAUGCCAGUAGUGGUAGUUGGGGGGGAGCCGCGGCGAUCGCGAGGCAAGCUACGAACGAGCGACAGCUGGCCAUGUUCGCGGCAGCAAUUUGUGGCUUGAUGGGCAUCUUCAUCAUCUUGCACUGGUCCCGCGCCAUCUUCAGCAAGGUUUCGCACUCAUCCUGCUCUACGAUGCCCCUUGCUGCACCCUUUGGUGCUGUUACACGAUGUAUACGUAGGCUUCUGAUCCGCAAGGUGCCCCGAUUCAACUCUGCCGGUCAUGCUUUGGUCGUCGCCUCCUAUGUGGGCAUCAACGCUGCCAUCUGCUUCACCAACCUCGACUUCUCGGUUGCCAGCAACUUUGCUGCGAGGGCCGGCUGGAUGACGGCUGGAAAUCUGUGUUUUGUGGUCUUCCUAGCCUUGAAGAACACCCCGUUGGCGUUCCUUACAGCAUACUCGUACGAGCGCCUCAACUGCCUGCACCAGAUUGCGGGCUGCACCACCUUCCUCUUCAUGGCUAUGCAUGCGAUCACCUAUACCGUGUACUUCUCCAAGAAGGACUUGCUGAGGCUCCUUGUUGAGAAGGAACAGAUUGCUGCCAUAAUCGCCGGUUUCGCCUUCUUAAGUGCCACCCUCUCGGCCAUUGUGCUCCGUCGGAUCUGGUACGAACUGUUUUACGUGGUCCAUCUGACUUGCUUCAUGGUCGGAAUCGCCUGCGCCUGUUUCCACCAACACGAGCUCGGCAAGAGGAUCAUCAUUAUCCUGCUUCUCGCGGCUUCCAUGUGGGUUACGGAUCGCGCCAUCAGAGUUGGAAGGGCGGUCUACUACGCCUCCAAUAACUCAGCGACACUCUACCCACUCCCGAAUGGCGGCACGAGGGUUGUCAUGAAGAAGGUCCCCACGAGGGCGGUUCCUGGGAAGCAUUUCUUUGUCUGGAUUCCGGCAAUUCGGCGAUUCGAGAUGCACCCCUUCACCAUCGUCGGCACGCAGCCACUGGAAUUCAUCAUCAACUCGCACAAUGGCUUUACCGGCGACCUCUACAAGUUUGCCCAAGCCCAUCCGGGUGCGAAGCUUAGGGCGUCUGUCGACGGACCAUAUGGCACCUUCCCCGACCCCAUGGAGUACGACAAGAUCGUUUUGAUUGCUGGGGGUAGCGGGGCCAGCUUCACCUUCGGCCUUGCUGUCAACUUGCUUGAGCGGAUGAAGGAGACAUCGACCAAGUCCAUAGUCUUCAUAUGGACUGUGAGGCAGCAUGAGAGCCUGUCCUGGUUCACGCAGCAUCUCCAAACCCUCUGCACUCACGACCACUCUGGCAAAAUCAACCUCUCACUCUACGUGACUCGUGCCCCCGUCUCUCCCGAGGGCCGCUUGAACCCACGCGUCGAAUCCCCGGACGACGACCGCACCCACACAAUGUCCUCGUCGUCGUCGCUAGGCGCCUCGCCGACCGCCUCUACCCCCGAUGUCGAGAAAGCGCUUGCCCGCGCCAAGAUCAGCCUCCCACCUAUUGCACACCACCGUUCCACUCUAUCGGACGACAUCGAAAAGGAGAUGGAGCGUGAGCGGGGGUUGCACGUUGAGCACGCCAACAAGGGCAAGAGGGUUUCGGCAAUUGAGACCACCACCACAACGGCGGCGGCGGAGGAGGCUGAGGACACAGAGCAGCACGGGAACCCCCGCGUGACGGCUGGCAGGCCCGAUGCCGCCACCCUGAUCCGCCAGGCCGUCAACUCAACACCCUCAUCACAGAGAGUACUCAUAGCGGCAUGUGGACCGCCCGGCCUGAUGAAGGUUACGAGGGACGCCACGGCCAGCGUUAUCCGAGCCAACGGGCCUGCUGUGGAGCUGCAUUGCGAACAGUUUAGCUGGUAGAUUUGUCUGUUUUACGCUCCUUUUAUGGCCGGAUAUACUAGGACGAGUCCUGAUCAUUUCUUCUUUCGCACACGGCUUGGUAAUGGGAAGAAGGCUCUUCAUUUAUUAUACCUCUGCAUGUAUCCGCAUGCAGGCAACCACCCACUCACCUACACGGACAGGCAAUGGGGUUUCCACUCCCCCUUGGGCGGCGUGCAGGGACGGAAUGGGAUCAAAUCCGAUCACCCAAAGCAAAAGACCGGGUAUGUUUUCGUUUGUUAGAACUCCUCCAUACCCACCCCCUUCGUUUGCAUACAGGCGCCCGUCCACCAGCCACCGCUGUCACCUUUUUUCGCUGCAUAUCUUGGGGCGUCUAUCGGUCUUUUGUAUAUACACCAAUUACUGUAUGCCUCUUGCUUCUCUUCCUUCUCAGACCGAGAGCAACGUGGGUGUGCCAGCGACU